AUGACGGAACGCCACGAAGAAAAACGUUCUUUGCGGGAAGCGCAAAAACCUCGUAUGACCUACGGUGACGGUUCGAGAAAAUCAACUACUAGUGGUCGCAAUGCAUCCAGAACAGCGGCACGAAAGGCUGCUAUCUCGACGGCGAAUGAAGUCAAGGAAUUACGUAGUGAAGCUCAACGACUGGAUGAACAGUUUUCAGCGCUCUGUGCCAAGUGGAAAGCAGCAUUACCGGAACGUGACGUACUGCUAGCAGCCUGUACGGCGGCCAAGCAGAAAGCAGUGACAGAUCGUGUCGAGCAGCUUAAUAUUCAACUCAAGGAUGAACUACUCCAACAACAGCUUUACUUUUCAGCUUUGCAGCAGAAACUCACGGAAGCACCACUAUGGUCACGUUCAGUAUUGUGCCAAGAGCUCUUUGACCGUAUGCACAGCUACUUGCAUCUUGUAGGUUCGGAUCUUGAAAGUCGCAGGAAGCAGCUAGAAGCGCGAUUUGAGUUUGGCAUCCGGAUUGCACCGGAACUCGUGGAAAACUUUACUCGUGAGUUUCUUCCACUUGCAUCACACGUGCUGCCAUUUUCACGAACCAGCACAGCAGCUACGAUAAUCCCGUGCCCGCUCCAUGCUCAAGGUGGACUAAACGAGGAGAGAGAAGGUGAUGUUUGUGGCACGCUCGUCUCGAACGUGUUUGUAUGCAAGUUGUCAGCGGGUGUCAAUAUUCCGCGGAUAUAUCAGAGUGUGGUUGACAACAUCAAAAACAACUCGAUCCAUCUCGAAUGCCGUCUUAACGUGCUGCUUGAUUUCAAGGUACAGACAAUACUGUUUCCGUCAGAUGUAUCCCUCUACGUAGUGGUUGGUUCUUGGGCCAUUGGUCGCGUUGAUGUGCUAACUAUACAACUACUCUUCUAUCUACUGCAGUAUGAAUUCGAGAUGGGACCAUAUACCUACUACGCCCGCGUGGAGAGGCAGGAUGGCGAAAUGCGUGGAGCCCACACCAAUCGAGCAUGGACUGGUAGACUUGUGAGUGACGACCUGGCCGUAGUCCUGACAGAUUUUGUUGACGUGGACGAUGAGGAAGCUACCGACGAAUUUCGGGAAGAAGGGCAAGACAUCCAAGUUGGUAGUGAUGGUGUGCCAUUGAUAUUGCCAACAUCAAUGUCGGGGAUUCGCAUCGAUGUGUGCAUGAUGCUCACUAUUUCACGCGUAAAAGAUCCGAAGUCACAAGAGACUUAUGUUCUCCUGCGCCGACUGCGCGUGCAUCGAUACAAUCUGCCACCCAACUCGCCAUUAAUUUAUCGUGAGCUAAAAAAGCUAGUGUCGUAUUUUAGUGGUGACUUCCAUAUGGCCAUGCUAAGUGACGCGUAUACGAAGACAAGCAACGAAGACCAUCCUUUCAUUGCUGGAAGUGAAAGUUUUCUGUCUGCAAGGAAUGACAGAAGGGAUGGAGAAACAGAGACGUAG